AUGUAAUCUAAAGUAUAAAUAAAUAAAUUAGUAAAAUUCUUCGUUUUAAUUUUAUUUAUAUUUAGUAAUUGUAUUAUUUCAAUACAUAAUAAACAUCAAUAAUAUAUAAUUCAAUAAUUCAAUAUAUAAUAAAUCAAUAUUAUAAUAAACAUUUAAUAAUGAUUAUUUAAAUAAUUGUUUCUCAUCAAUGAAAUAAUUUAAUUUAUUUAAAGUGGCAUUAUGAAUAGUAUGGAUAAAGGUAUAAUUACCUAUAUUUAUUUAGAAAAUUUUGUAACUUAUAAUAAAGUUUGUAUAAAACCUGGGAGAAAUUUGAAUGUUAUUAUUGGUCCUAAUGGUACUGGUAAAUCAACAAUUGUUUGUGCCAUUGUGCUUGGAUUAGGAGGUAAACCUAGUACCAUUGGUCGUGCCAUUCAUGUCGCUGAUUAUGUAAAAAGAGGAUGUGAAGAAGCAAAAAUUGAAAUUCACCUCAAAAAUGGCAAAAAGAAUGAUGUUAUUAUUCAAAGAAUAUUUAAUAUAAGUGGGAAAUCUUUAUGGUUUCUUGAUGAAAGACCAUCAAAUAUCAAAGAAAUACAAGAAUUAACAAAAACUUUUAACAUUCAAGUGGAUAAUCUUUGUCAAUUUCUUCCACAAGAUAAAGUACAAGACUUUUCAAAAAUGAAUGCACAAGAAUUAUUAGAAAAUACAGAAAGAUCAGUUGGUGAUCCUAUAAUAUUAGAACACCACAAAAACUUGGUACAAUAUAGAAUAGAUCAUAAAGAUUUAGAAAAACAGAUUGAAAGUAAGAAGAAAAUAUUAGAAGAAAAAUCUCAAAUAUAUGAAGGUUUAAAAGAAAGUGUUAGCAGUAUAAAAGAAAAGAAAUUAAUAAAGAAGAAAAUUAUUAGCUUAAAACAGAAAAAAGCAUGGAUAUUAUAUGAUCAAAAGCGUAGAGAAUUGCUCAAGUUGAGAAAAAAAAAGGAAACUGCAGUAACUGUAGUAACAUCAUUAGAAGAAAACAUAAAACCUAUUGAUGAUGCAAUAGAAAAAAUAAAAUCAGAAAUUGGACAACUACAAAAUUCUGUUUCAGAUCAUAGUAAUAAAAUCAAGAUCAAAAAUUUAAAAUUAAAAAAAAUGAUGGAUGAUAUUCUAGAUUGUGAAAAUAAUAUUAAAGAUUAUGAAAAUACAUGUAAGCAUAGAAUUCAAAUGGAAGAAGCUCGAGAUCAUGAUAUUGAUAUUGCACAACAACAGAAAAACAAACUUGAUAAUGAUUUAUUGCUAAUGUUAAAAGAUAUUGGAUCUGAAGAAAAUUUAAUAAAAAAACGACAAGAAAUAUUAUCCAAUAUAGAAAACAAAAGAAACAUAAUUAAUAUGUUAACAAAUAAAGAUUCAGGAUUAAAACAAGAAGAAGAACGCUUAAGUCUUGAAAUUAGAACUCAAGAAACAGAAUUACAACUUCUUAACAUUGAAACAAAACGAUUAGAAUUACUAAAGGAGAGAAGUAUUGAUACAUAUAAAGCAGUACAAUGGUUGAGAGAAAAUCAAAAUAAAUUUUCUAAUACAGUACACGAACCAAUAUUGCUUAAUAUAAAUGUAAAAGAUGCUUCAUAUGCAAAAUAUUUGGAAAAUGUUAUUCCAUUUAGGGAUUUGAUAGCAUUUGUUUGUGAAAAUAAACGAGAUAUGAAUAUGUUAUUGCAUUAUUUAAGAGACGAGCAAAAAUUACAAGUAAAUGUUGUACAUUCUGAUCCUAUGAAAAAUGUUUCUAUGAAUCCGGCAAUUCCAUUACAUCAUAUUAAACAAUUUGGUUUUACCCAUUAUCUAGUAUCAUUAAUUGAAGCUCCGAGUAUCAUAAUGAAAUAUUUAGUAACUAUGUAUAAUUUAAACAACAUACCUGUAGGAACAAAUCAAGUUGAUGAUAACAUUGAUCAUAUACCUAAUAGUAUACGUUACUAUUUUAGUGUAAACAAUGUGUAUAUGGUAAAUAGAUCUAAAUAUACAGGAGAAAAAUCUAUUGGAAUGCAACCAGUAUCAAGUACAAGAAUGUUAUCUAUUGUAUUAGAUAAAUCAAGACUAUUAAACGUUGAAGAAAAAUUGAGAAUAUUAAAAGAAAGAAAAAGCAAUGUAUUUAAUAAAAUUAAACAAAUUGAUGAGCAAGUACAUGAACAAAAUAAGGAAUUAGAUGAAUACAGAAUUAGCAGAAAUAAAUAUCAGCAAGAUCUCCAACAAAUACAAACUUUAAAAUCUAGAAUAUCUAUGAUACAAAAAAAAAUUGUAGAUCUGCAAAAUGAGCGAACUAGUAUUGAGAAAAUACAAGAAUCUUCUGCUAAUGAAAUAAAGAUAACUAUGGAUAAACAAUUAAAAAUUUAUAAGGCAUACAAUACUGAAUUAGAAGAUUGCUUUAAAUGCAUUACAGUCAGUGAAGAAAUUGAAUUAGCAUUAAAAUUACAUAAUAAAUCCUUAAGAGUAAAAAUAAAUGAUUCUCAAGAUUUGAGAGAAAAACUUAAAAUAGCAGAAGAUAAAGUAAAACAAUUUAUUUCUGAACUGCAUCCACUGAGAAAAGAAGUUGAGAAAAUAUAUAAUGAAGCACUAGAAACUACCGAUGGUAUUAGCCCUCAAGAUGAUGCAUUUGCGGCUAUAAAUAAAGUAUUUAAUAAAUUACCGCCAACUAUAGAAGAGAUUAAUAAUGAAUUGAACAUUGCGCAAGCAAAAGUAUUCUGUAUGGGAAAUAAUAUAGAUGGUGAAAAUGUAUUACAUGAAUAUGAACAAAUAGAGCAAGAUAUACAUCAAUUAAAAGAUAUCAUUCAAAGAAAAACGCAUGAAUUAGAAACAAUUACACAAAGCAUAGAAACAUUACGAAAAGAAUGGUUAACACCUUUGUCACAAACCAUUGAAAAAAUAAAUUCUAAUUUUAGUAUGUAUUUCUCAGCAAUGGGUUGUGCUGGUGAAGUUAUUUUAGCACAACCAGAUAACAAUAUGGAGUUUGACCAAUAUGGUUUAAAAAUUAAAGUAAAAUUCAGAGAUACUGAUCAAUUACAAGAAUUAACGCGACAUCAUCAAAGUGGUGGAGAAAGAGCUGUGACUACUGCUAUUUAUAUGAUUUCACUUCAAGAAUUAUCAAGAGUGCCUUUCCGUUGUGUGGAUGAAAUUAAUCAGGGUAUGGAUGUAGUAAAUGAAAGAAGAGUAUUUAAUUUGCUCGUAAAAAUGACUGGAAGACCAAAUAGUUCUCAAUAUUUUUUACUUACACCAAAGUUAUUACCUGAUUUACAAUAUUCAGAAACAGUUACGGUACAUUGUGUAUUCAAUGGACCAUUUAUGAUUAAUCAUACUGAAUUUGAUACAAAACAAUAUUGUAAUUUCAUUACUAAGACAAUGGAAAAAGAAAUUGAGAAUAAUGAUUAACUAUUAUAUUAUUAUAUUAUUAUAUUAUUAUAUUUUAAGAUAUUUUGUUAUAUUGAUAUUGUAUUAUACAAUAUCAGAAUACUUAUGAUAAGAAAUAUAGUUUAUAUUAUUGUUAUUUUUAUAAAUUUUUCUACAAUAUUUGAAAUGCAAAUAAUCUUAAAUGAAAAAAUAUUUUUUUUUUCAAUACCUUAUUGCAGAUUCACAGUAUUCAUUUCUUCCCCUUCUUUUUUUUCUUCUUUUGAGCUUCAGGCCAAGGGAAACCUCUGCACUUUAUUACAUCCAUAAUAUUAUGACAAGUAUAAUAAGCAUUUUCCAUGACUUCUUCAUUGAAAAUAUCCAUAGUAAAUUUUGUUCUUCCUCCACUCCUUCUUGAUUUUUUUGCUUCUUUAUUUUUUCCAUUGUUGUUAUUUUUACCGUUUUUAUUAUUUUUCAUUUUUUUUAAAUUUUUGCUAUAAUUUUUGGCCAUUUUCUUUUUAUUCUUUCCUCGCAUUUUUUAUAUGUUCUCAAAAUAAAAAAUUCAAUAAUAAAAAAAAAUAUUAAACUUUUAUAUCAUCACAUCUAUAUGAAAAUCGUUACUAAGUACAUGGUUAUUUCAAUAGUGGUUUCUAAGGAACUUAUAUUGAUUAUAUUAAUGAUUUUAAUUUUCUUACAAUUGUAUAUUUUAAAAUAUAGAAAAAAGAAUAUGUUUAAUAAUCAUAUAAUAUCAUAUAAUUUAAUUCAUAAAUCUAAUUAAUGUUUGAAUUUUUUUUUCUCAAUUAUGAAGGAGCACUCAUUUCAAAGUAUCACAUAUUCGUUUAUUAAUUUACUUAUUUUUCAGAGAGAACAUUAUAUAUCAUACACAAACAAUAUUUUUAUCUAUAUAAUACUCUUGAACAAUUUAAUUAUUUUUUAUUAUAAUGCACGAAAACAAAAAGAAUAUAUGAAUAACAAAUAUGAUGCGAUUUUUAAAACUACGAUGCGAUUUUUAAAACUACGAUACGAUAAUCAUAUUUUUAAAUAUCGAACCAUGAAAUAGAUAUCGUUUCCACAUCGAUUAAUUAUCGAAAUAUCGAUAAUUAUUAGUAGAUCGAAGUGAACGAUCUUGAUUUUAUCUCAGUAGUGUUUUAUAUUUUUAUAGAAAUUCCAAAUAAAAUAAUAGGUCAGUAACAUGAUAUUUCUUGAUUUCUUUUAUAAUAUAAAAUAAAAUAUUCAUAAUAUAAAGUAAAAUAUUCAUAAUCUUGAAAAAGAUAUUUGAUUUUUAAACGAGGAUAAAAUUUCGAUUAUUUUGCUAUAAGAAAGAAAUAUAUGAAUAUUUUUAUAUACAUAUGAAAUUUUUACAUACAUAAUAUAAAUUGCGUUUAUCAUAAUAAUGUAAAAAAUAAAAAAAAAUUAAAAUUUAAUUAUUAUAUUUGUGAAAACAUACGUUCAAUAUUAUUAUUUCAUUUUAUGCUAUAUUAUAAUAUUUUAAAGUAGAAAUUAUAGAAUAAGAUAAAUUCAUAAUAUUUAAUCAUUAUAAGGUUUAUUUUGUUAAUUAAUAUGUCUAAUUUAAACAUAUAUCGUAUAAAUUUUAUUAAUGAAUAAAACAAAAAUAAUCAAUUUAUAGAAAAAUUAUAAUGAUUAAUAUAAAUUUCCUUAUCAUUAAAUGUAUCAUGUUAAAUGUUAUUAAAUAUAUUAGUCUUAAUUUUGAAGUAUUUUUAUAAAAUACUAAUAUGAUGUUCCAUUCAAUAAAUUGAUAUCGAAAUCUAUUCAAGCAUUAAUUUCAGAAAAGAGAACUAAAAUUAAUUUUGGAAUUGCAUUUUUAAUAUAGCUAAAGAAAUUACUAUGCAUUUACGGUUAACUCGGCCAUACUGUAGAACUAAUAGAAGAAAUGGAGGAAAGAAAAGUAGUCCGAUAAUGUUAGCGGAAUAGCAAAAUACGAUUCACGAACUAAAAUUUAUGACAUUAGAUAUACCGCUUUCUGACUAUUUAUACUUAAGACAGCAUCUGAAAAUUUCAACUCUGUUGCUCUGUCUGAUUUGAUUUAACAUAGUCUAUAUGCGAAUUGAAGUUUCAAUUGACACGGACAGAUGGAGGUUUCGCAAACUUAACUAUUGAUAGGCACGCGCAAAUCAACCGUCAAGAAGUGCCGGUAAAACAAACGCGAAAUAGUCGGAUACAAUCCUUGAUACGAGUAUCACGUUGUUGAGCAUCGUCAACGCAACAGCAGCCGUUCCUUCAUAACCCUCCAGCAUAUAUUGCUGAGUGUGGAACAAUCAGUUCAAGCGUUCCUUUUCAUACGUCGAUACCUGUACGAUAACAGGAAAUAUAAUUUUUGUGGCGUAACAAAGCAAAAGAAUAACAUGUCCACGGCAUUGUUAGCCGUGUUUGCCGUAAUCCUAUGUAUCCUGUUUAGGAUAUUAAACGUAAACAGUGCACCGCAAAAACCAUUGGUCAUCUGUCAAGAUCAAUCAUUUCUUACGACGAUCCUUAAAAUUGCACCUGUUAUCACAGAACCGUAAGUUUUCUAACGAUUUUUCAUUUGAUAAAUUAUAUCAUGUAUUUUACAUGUAAAAUUCUAAAUCUUUCGCUCUAUGGUGUCCAUAGAGAGAAAGUGAGGUUAGAUCAGUUCUAAAUAUGCCGGACAUUUUUCUUAAUGUCCUUAAGAAUACAUGUGGAAAAUUUUCUAAGAUGAUCAUUUAUUUUUAAUUUAUAUCUGAUAAAUUGAUAAUGAAAUAUCUUGAAGAUGAUUUAACGAUCGAUAAGAUCGAAAAUUCGCGAAAAUUACCAGACACAAUUGAAGAUAGAAUUUUAUUUUGGUUAUUUAGCACGGGUAUGAUCUAGUUUUCACUAAUAGACACUGAGUUUAUCAAUCUUUUUAAUUACGUCACAAAAUAAACGUUAUAAAAAAUGUAAUAUUAUCUCGUUACGUAGUAACUGUCAAUAAAAUUUAUUAUUACUAUUUAUAUAUUACAUGUAUAUACUUAUAUAAUGUACCUAAAUAAUAAAUAUAAUUGCUCUAGUGCAUAUUGAUAAUAGUUUAAUAUUCAUUAAAAAAUUAAAUAAUUAAUGAAAAUAGUAUAUUAAAUUAUAAAUAAUAAUAUAUACUUUUAAAAAUAAAUAUUAUAAUAAUAUUAUUUUUAAAUUUCUAAACAAUUACCAAAAAAUAUUUAAAUAAUUAUAUGCAUAUAUAAAGAAAAAAAAUUUUAUGUUAAUUAUUCUUUGAAAGUCUACUUUAAUUAAUUAGUUUUUCAAAAUGAAAUGAAUAACAUUAAUUUUUAACAUUAUUAACAUUAUUCAUUAAAUGAUAUAUAUAAUUUUGUAUUUAUAUGAUUUUAUUUUCAAUAAAUAUAAUGAAUGCACUUUUAAAUGCAUUGAAAAAAAAUGUAUUAAAUUAUUGAAAGAAAGAAUGAAACUGACAAAAUGGAAACAAUAUAGUCUGUAUAACAAUAUAGAAAAUAUAACCGUUAGCAUUGUUCUUCCAUUUUGAAUAUUGCAUAAUGAUUUGUUCUGAUCUUGGCUAUGACCUCACUAAACAACUUUAGAAACUUCAAUAUGCAUUCAUCACAUUUAUCAAAAGAUUAUGACUAUAUUAUAAACUUAUCACAAGAUGACUCAUGUUCAUUUUUUAUAUUAAUAUAAAUAUGUUGAUAUGAAAUAAAGAACUGAUUAUUUAUAUUUGUAAUGUUUAAAUAUGAAUUCAUUAAAUAUAAUUCAAAAAAUAAAAUUUUUUUUUUAGAUAAAUAAAUUGACAAAACAGACAAGAAUAAAUGAAAUAAAAUUUGAUGAAUUAUUGUUGUAAAUUUUUUAUAAAUACAAUUAAAUUAUAUAUUUUUUUCGUAUUUUAUUUUAAUUUGUUUCUAUAAAAGAAUGCAUAAAAAUGUUUAUUGAAAAAACACUUCGUAAAUUUUUCUUUAAAAAAAUUAUUUAUAAUAGAAACAUGAAAUAAGUAAGGAUAAAUAAUUUAAAAAAUUUCUUUCAAAGGACUAGAAAAUAAAAAUUAUAUUUAUAUAUUUUUUUUUAUUGAAAUUAUAAUUCUAUAUUAAAAGGUAUAUAUUUUCAUCAUCCCAUGAAAAAUUUAAAUAAAUGAUGAACAUGCAACAUAAAAUGUCAUGAAAUUAAUCGUGAAUUCAUUAAUUCUUAGAAAGUUUUAAUUUUAAAAAACAAUAUUUUGUAUAUCAAUAUUUAUUUAUAAAUAUUUACUAGAUUUAACAAUUUAAUUUAUGACAUUUAAAUACAUAAUUAAUAAUUAAUUAAAAUAAUACACAAAUGAAAAUAAAUAGUUCAUAUGAUUAAUUUGAUAAUUCUAAUUUCUAAUUCUCUAAUUCUCUAGUGAAAUUUUCAUGUAUUAUGAAAUUUUAAAAUCUUCAUUUUAAUAGUUUAUUUUCUUGAUUGAAUGUAAAUACUUUUCGUACUUUAAAUGCCAGACAAAUCAAUAUUAACUCAUAAUUAACAAUUAUUCAACUAAAUAUUUCCAUAGGAAGAUUUUCUGUUCGCGUUGAUCGCGUUUCCUAGCAAUUUUUUACUUUCGCUUUUACUUUUGUAACAUAAAAUCCUUGGCAUAAUACCAUAGAAUUAUCUUCAAAGACAAUAUUCACAUCACAAUAAUCGAAAGUUAUACCAAUGAUAGAACUUUAAUUAAACGAAUUAUUUUCCGGUUGAAAGGAAAUGGUUAAUUUUACUGCAAAUUGAAUCGUACAUACUGAUUCACAAUUUAUUUCUCCUUAUCGAUCGUUAUUAUGUUAAAGUUUUCUUUUAUAAAAGAAGAGUUUUAAAGUUUCUUAAAGUAAUCUAUUGAACAUGAAAAAAUUAGCUGUUGACCUUAGAUCGAUUACAUUACUGACCAUGACUUCGAGUAAGUAUAAAAACGCACGAGAAACAUAUAUCAUUUCUUUAUAAUUCCUAUAUAUAGAAAAAGUAAUAAAAAACAUGUACUUUCUUUCUAUUAAGUACUGUAUAUUUAAUUAAAAAUUAACAAUCUAAUAUUAUUAAUUAUAUUUAUGUUAUUAAGAUUUUUCUUAUCAUCAAAGUUUUGAUAUUACAUGCAAAAAAAUUUCUAGGAAAGAAAUUAUUUUGAGAGCAAAUUCAUUAAAUCGUAUGUAAUUCUUUUUAUUUAAUCGUGAGAAAUAUUUCUGCAUUAAACGAAUGUGAAUUGACACUUCACGAUCGAAGCAAAAAGAAUUGUAUCUUCUUUGUCGAUCAAUCGUUACGCAGCAAAUUUCACUUGCUGCGUAAUAUUAUAAACUUUUUUUUAACAUGCCAUAUAAAAUUUUAUUAAUUUAAUCAUUCAGAUCAAUCACUCAUCAGAGAAUAAUUUUUUAUUUUAUUUUCAAUUAUCAACGUUUCAAGAUUAUCUCGCUUGUAAGAAUUAUUUUUAUUUUUAUCUCGCGUGAUAUUAAAUGAUAUAUUUAUUAAUUGAAUGCUAUACUUAAUUUCAUGAUAUAUAUAGUCAUAUAAUCAUAUAGAGAUAGAAAAAAAUACGAUAUGAUAAAAUUUUAUAAUAGAUCGAAUAGAUAGAUCGAAAAAUUCUCUCAUAUAAAUUUUAAUCACUAAGAGAUUCUAGAUAUGCAUAAUCCAAUAGGAAUGUAUAACUCAUUGAAUACUUUUUUGUGAUCAGAUCAUGCGAUGAAUAAAAAGAUGUCGUUCUUCGAAGACUUUAUAGCAUAUUGACAUAGCUAGAAAUUAUAAUAAAAUUUUACUUCUGGCCUACUUUGGCCGAAAAAGAAACUGGUAAUCUUUCAGUUGCUGACCUCGUUUGUAUAAUUUUAUAUAGUUUAUUUAAUAACUAAUAAAAUGUUAAAUGUUGAAAACUAUAAAAGAUAUGUAAACAUUUUUGGAUUAAGCUAUAUAAAGAAAUAUUUCCAUAGAAA